AUGAACGGCGAGGACACGCACAUCGGGGAGGUGGACAACUACGCGGGCGCCGAGGACAUCAACUCCGAUGGGUCCGUGCUCAAGCUCACGCUCAAGAUCGGCGACGAGUACGGCUGCCCGAACCUGCCGAAGACGGGCGACGAGGUCGCCAUCCACUACACGUGCAAGCUCGCGCAGAACCACGAGGUCGUCGUGACGACCAAGGGCAAGCAGCGGAAGAAGAUCCGCAUCGGCGACCCCGGCGUCGUCACGGGCAUGAGCGAGGCGCUGAAGACGAUGCGGACGGACGAGGUGUCGCAGUUCGCCGUGCGGCCGUCCAAGGCCUACGGCGACCGGGGCGCGCCGCCGAAGAUCCCGCCGAACGCGACGCUCAUCUUCGAGAUCGAGCUC